CUCUUUCGGUAGUUGCUGACAGAGCUCGGCACGAUAAAUUUGACAUCUCCCUCUCCUCGGUGGGUGGUGGCCCGAAAAUAAUACACCCAAUUCGUUAAUCGAGCUCUUUCGGUAGUUGGUGACAGAGCUCCGCACGAUAAAUUUGACCUCUCAUUAGUGCGCGUCUCCGAUUUGGGGAAAACCUGAGUCCUGACUCACGCGGCAAUGCGAGCAGGGCCGACCAUGGUCGGUCGAUCGAUCGAUCAAUGGACCCCAACCAUGGCAAACGAACGCUGUUCGAUCUCGAUCUCGUUCUCUCUCUCUCGCUCUCGCUCUCGCUCUCGUCUGCCAUGAGAGUACGUCGUGUACGAUGGCGCCAGCGGAGUCGAGUCGGACUGCGAGAAAGUGACAAAAAAAGCAUCCACGAGUCUGAGCAAUGUUGCGCCUCGGGGGGGAGAUCCGCGCAACACAUUCUCAUGGUCAUGCAGCAGCAGCGGGGGGGCUAUCCACUGCGACGGUACAGGCCAAGAAGCGUCGGGCAAGCGAUCUGACUUAUUGCCGAUUUGUCGAUCGGGGCACAUGGAGAGCAGGAAAUUCGGUGGGGGACCCAGCCGAAGCCGAGGCUAUGAGCCCUGCCUGCUUCUUAGUCUUACGCGUUGGCUUACCUCCGUCCCGGGCUCGGCCUAUUAUUCGCUCUGUCUUCGCGAGGCGCAGUAAAUUGCGACCAUGUGCGACCACCUUCGCCGCGCGCGGGCACGGCUGCAAUGGACCACACAUCGCCCCUUUCCCUUUCUUAUUUUAACCCGUGUUUGGCUCGACGAAUUGGCCUCGCAAAAGCGGUUUUGGAUUUCUUCGCUCGACCGCCCAUCCUCCUCCUCCACCAGCACCAUCAGCAGCAGCAGAAUCAUCAGCACGACAAAAUUGACUUCCCCUCGUUGGGGUGGAUAAUCGUGCCCGACGAUGCGGAGGACGAGGAGGAGGAGGAGCAGCAGCAGCAGCAGGAGCAGGAGUGGACCCUGCUUCCCUCCCGUUUCAUUCUUCUCCGGGCGGACUCGGACUCGGACUCGGACUCGGAGCUCCGGCAUAGCUCUGGACGGCCCAAAUUCCUCUUCCACGCAAAUAAAGCUCACGGGGGACCCCCUGGAGUCGAAAAUAAGCUAGCGAGGGCAAUUAGGGAGUGUCAGAUAACUUCUACAUGCAUGUCUCGUACAACACGCCAAGUGGAAAGGAAAUGGGUGCCUCAAUGUGCAUCGAUCGGGCAACCACAUGUGGAUUUGAAGUUUUAAAUUCCUGGGUGGCCUUGUCCAUGGGCGAGCACUUCAUCUUGUCAGCAGGACUAGUUAUUUCAUACGAAGCGCCCCAUACCAUAUUUUUACUCACCUUCAAUUAUAGACUGCUCCGACUCACCUUUGUGUGCACGAUAAGUUUUCCUCUUAUUUUUUUUAAAAUCAUAUUUGUUUGAGCGCCAUUGCAUCUUCAUGGGCGGAGUUUGGAAGUGAUUUGUCAGGCGGUGUUCGUGCUCUCACUAACACAACAACUCUUGCUUAAUGAUCUGCUCGAUAGAUAGAUAGAUAGAUAGAUCAUCGGAAACCUUUAAUUGAUGUAUAAUGAGCUCCCUUCUCGAGCGAAGAUUAUUAAAUUCGUCGUGUAAUACUUGUUCGAUGCUCUCGGUGUCAUUCUCUAGCGCAUCGAGGAGCAGCAUUCCAGCACCACUACUGGAAAUGGAAGGCAGUGGUCACCCCUUUUUAUGCACAAGUUAUUUAUGAAUAUUUCCCAAUGUAACCCGCAGAGCAACACCUGCUGCUGCCAGCACUCGCACCAACAUCAUCCUCUACAGCAGUGACGUCUGUGCUACAACAACAUGUGGAGAACCCCAGAGCCUGAAAUGUAGACCGGCCGGGGCAUGUGAUGGCCAUCUAAUA